AUGGAAUUCGCAGUUGUUUGCCCACCUGAGCUGAUGGCAGCUGCAGCUUCGGCAACGGCAGCGAGCCAGGUGUCCGCGCACUGGUACACCGUGGAUUUCCGCCUCGGUGAGCAAGACCUGAAGCUGCCCCCGGGCGAGUAUAUCUACUCGCAGAUCGCGGGCCCAGAGCACUCCUUUCGGUUUCGGCUUUCCGUCUACCCGAGAGGGCAUGGCGACUUCGAGGCCGUGAGCGUCAGCGCGUAUAUCGAGAUCCUCCCGCCUCCAGCCCUGGCAAAGAUCGACUGGGCAUGCAAGGCGCGCUUCGAGAUCUCCAUGCUUUAUGAGUACCUCGAUGAGCUCUGGAACUUCCGCCGCGAGGGCGGGGUCUUCAUCUUCACCAACAAGGUUUCAGACCAAGGGUGGUGCAACUUCUUGAGUUUGGACAGGAUCACGCGCGAACCAGGCUGGCUGAAGGCCGGCGGCCUUCGAUUGCAAGGCCACGUGGAGCUGCCCUUCACUGACCCGCCUUGCCGCGGCCAGCCGCUGGACUUCACGCAAGAGGCGGCCUUUGUGACGCUACGGCUUUCUGAAGGGCCCCCGUUGCUCUUUGACAAGCGCAUACUGAGCGAGCGCUCGGAAUAUUUCCGGGAGAUGCUGGCCUCCAAGUGGCGAGAAGGUCAGACGAAUGAGGUCGACCUGAGCAUGAGUCCCCACAUCCAGCGGAGCUCCCUGGAUGCGGUGCUGUCCUACCUCAUGUCCGGCCGCUUCUUCUCUGGCGGGGAUGCAACGUUCGCCUUCGCUGUGCGGAAGCUGGCCGACCAGUUCUGCCUGAAAGAUCUUGUGGACAAGGUGGAAGCCGAAUUGGUGACGAUGCUGUCGAAGCAGCGCGUCCUGGCCUUCUUGGGCCAGGUAUUCGGUAGCGGCGGCCGACUGGAAGGCGCCUGCUUGGAAAUGGUGAAGGCCAACGACUGCGCUGUGCUGCGGCGGCAGCGCGACAAGCUUGGCCAGGAGCCAGCCAACCAGUGCGGCGUGUAA